AAUGCCGUCGAAUAUUCGAGAAUCUGAUGCAUCUUGUCUUGAGAUGAUACGAUCAAUUAUACGAUCAACAGCAGAUGAUAAUUCAAAAUGGGUCGAGAUUUUUGUGGAUUUUGAAAAUGCACAACCAACAGAUGAAGAAAGGGAAAUAUAUAAUAUGGCUGAAGAAGUAUUAAAUGAUUGUGAUUUAGUACUUGCUGAUGUAUCAAGUUAUGGAAAUGGUUGCUAUGCAGAAAGAAAUCAAUUAAAAAAUGACAGUGAUACUCAAGCUUUAAAAGUUUUAAUGACAAAGCUUGAACCAUUUGUUGCCAGAACAUGUUCCUACUAUGAACAUGUUGCAAAAAUUGAAAAAAUCGUACCAAUAAUUCUAUGGGAAUUAUCAUCUGGCCCAUUACCUCUCGAAGAACAACUUGCAAAUAAACAAUCAAUUGCCAAACAGUUUGCACGAUUAAUUGGAUUUGUAUUGGACUUUGAUGUCGUAAAAAUGAGAACCGCCCAGAUAACAAAUGAUUACAGUUAUUACCGACGAGCAAAACAUAUUGUUUAUCAGGAUUUUGAAGACCAAGGAGUUCCCGAAUUACCACAAGUUCAAAUGUUUCUUUGUGAAGGAAAUCCAAUGUUAAAAGCACUUUGUAAUGGUGUAGAUUCGUACAUGCAGACACAUCAAAGCUUGCCAAUUAACAAUACAACUGAUGUUUUUGUAACAAUUAUCAACGUUUGCCGAUUCAUGUUAGCAAAUGACGAAUGUCUGGCACGACUGACAGAUUCAUCGAAACAUCUUUGCUGUCGAGUGAUGACUGGCCUUGUAAUAUUAUUCGAUCACGUAGAUCAAAAUGGUGCAUUCGUGUCAAACUCAUCAAUUGAUAUGAGAGAUGUUGUCAGGUUGAUCAAACUAAAUACCACUCCUGAACAGUCUGAUUGUCUACUUGCUGGUCUUCGUUUCACAACAAAACAUUAUAAUGAUUCAAGUACUCCAAAAUCUCUUCGUCAUUUGAUUGAAGUGAAAUAAUUUCAUUUUUUGUCAAUUUGUUCAUUAAUUCUAGUCAUCCUUGCCUCUAUUUUAUGUUCUCUUAUCGUUUCUAGUUGAAGCCCAUUUCCUCAUACACGGUGAUUAUGUUCCUCUCCUCGUCAAACAGUACUUUUUGUCAGUGAUAAUAAUUAUUUUUCGUUCCAAUUCACCCACUCAUUAAUUAUUUUUCUCAAUGCCUUAUGGUUCCGGUUCUUCUUUUUCUACAACACCCACUUGUAUACUUUUCAAGAUCUUUUAUAAACAUCUUAAUUUUUU